GGCAUACAGCAGCGUGACGCUUUCUCAGUCUCUCGCUCCCUCGCUCUUGGUCAUGAUCAAUCAUUCUUUCUCCCUCCACCAGCAGCAGCCACUUUUCUCUACGCUAACGCUCUGGUGGUUCCCAUACUCAAUCGUUGUCAUAAUCGCUCGCUUAGGAAUUGCUAUUUUUUCCCUCCAGAACCUCGACAUCAACCCACCUCUCUUCUAUGCCGUUCAUUCUCCCGCAGCGCUUUACAGUCGUAUUGCCCGCUUCGUGAAGUCGACCUCCACCUCCCUCCUCUUCGUCGUCCUUCGCCCUCCCGCCACGAAGUACUCGUUUGCGCCGAUCCUAUAGUAUAUCACAUCCUUGGCGACAUACAUACAACAUUAUCUGGUUAUAUUGGCGAGAACUUGUGGCCUUGAACCUCCUUCUGCAACUGCGGUCUUGGAGAAUCGUGCUCGGUCGCGGCAGCCGGGGUUACCACAGGUUUCGCGAUUGGCGCAUU